AUGGCGGCUCAGAAGAUAAACGAGGGGCUGGAACAUCUGGCCAAAGCAGAGAAAUACCUGAAAACUGGUUUUUUGAAAUGGAAGCCGGAUUAUGACAGCGCCGCUUCUGAGUAUGGAAAAGCAGCUGUUGCUUUUAAGAAUGCCAAACAGUUUGAGCAAGCAAAAGACGCCUGCCUGAAGGAAGCUGUGGCCCAUGAGAACAACAGGGCCCUUUUUCACGCUGCCAAAGCAUACGAACAAGCUGGCAUGAUGCUGAAGGAGAUGCAGAAACUCCCGGAGGCUGUUCAGCUGAUCGAGAAGGCCAGCAUGAUGUACCUGGAAAAUGGCACCCCAGACACGGCCGCCAUGGCCCUGGAGCGGGCCGGGAAGCUGAUAGAGAAUGUAGAUCCAGAAAAGGCUGUGCAGUUAUAUCAGCAGACAGCCAACGUGUUUGAAAAUGAAGAGCGCCUGCGGCAGGCCGUUGAACUCCUGGGAAAAGCCUCUCGGCUGCUGGUGCGCGGGCGCAGGUUUGAUGAGGCGGCACUCUCUAUUCAGAAAGAAAAAAACAUUUACAAGGAAAUUGAGAAUUAUCCAACUUGUUAUAAGAAAACAAUCGCCCAGGUCUUAGUGCACCUGCACAGGAACGACUACGUGGCAGCUGAGCGCUGUGUCCGCGAGAGCUACAGCAUCCCCGGCUUCAACGGCAGCGAGGACUGCGCCGCCCUGGAGCAGCUCCUGGAGGGCUACGACCAGCAAGACCAGGACCAGGUGGCCGAGGUGUGCAACUCGCCCCUGUUCAAGUACAUGGACAACGAUUACGCGAAGCUGGGCCUGAGCCUGGUGGUCCCAGGAGGAGGCGUCAAGAAAAAGGCAGCAGCCCCCCCGCAGGCCAAACCUGAAGGCCCUGCUGCCCCUGCCGCCGAGGAUGAGGAGGACGAGUACGCUGGGGGGCUGUGCUAG